GCUGCGGCCUUGGGAGGGCCAGAUGGGGCGCAGGCGGAGAGCCUGGGGAAGGGCGGCGGCUGGGCCGGACCUGCUGGGCCGCGUCCGGUUCUGCGCAGGGCCCAUGUGCAGCCCAUGUGCAGCCGAACCCCGCGGGUGCCGCGAACCUCCAGUUUCCUGCUGCGAACCCUGUAUUUCUUACCUGAAUCCCUUUCUCUGUAGCCUGAGUCCCCGACCCCCUGAGAGUCCCGUAUUUCCGGCCUGAUCCCCAUCUUCUGCAGCCUGAACCCCGUAUUUCCGGCCUGAUCUCCUCUUCUGCAGCCUGAAUCCCGAGUUUUCUGCCUAAUCUUUGCCCUCUUUGCAGCCUGGACCUGUGUCCUUUAUGAGAUCCCGAAUUUUCUGCUGGAAGCUCCGUAUUAACCCAGUUUUCCCACCUCUACAGUGUGAACCCAUUUCUUACUCUACCUCCCCCCUUCCCCCCUCCCCAGCUGAAACGCAGAUUUCUUGCUUGGUAUCCCAUCUUUGCAGCCUGAACCUGUGUCCUUGCUGAGAACUCGGAAUUUCCUGCAUGGACCCCACUGUGCAUACUGAACCCCUGUUUCUUUUGGGACUCCCUCUUUGCAGUUCAACCCCCAAAUCCUGCUUGAACCCUAUCCCUGUUGUGAACCUAGAGUUUCGUGUAGAGUCCCAGUAGCCCUAUGCCUCUUAUAGCUUGUCCUCUCAUUGCUGCAAACACUGUUUCCUGUUGAACUCCAGUUUCUGCAGCCUGGAUCUCAGUUCCUUAUGUGAACCCCAUCUUUGCUUCCUGUAUUGCUCCCCUUCUGUGAACCUAGUCCCAACUGCAAACUCCGUCUCUUCUGCCUGAUUCUUCUUGAACCUCCUCCUUUGCUAUGAACCCAAUAUUUGCUGCCCAAACCUUCUGUUUGCUGAGCCCCGUCUUUUGUUAUCUGAUUUCCCAUACCUGCUUAGGAGUCCUUAUUUGCUUCCUGAACUUCCAUCCUUGCUGAGAACCCUGUUUUAGUCAUCAUUCCCCAACUCUGCUGCACGUGACCCCUCUGGAAACCCUCUUCUCCAUAAACCCUUGUUUCUACUGUCCCUGGUGUCCUUCCUGCUGCUUUGGUUCCCCCUCCCCCAUCUUUCCGUUUCUGUCCACAGCCCUGGCUGCCUCUGCUAGGGGUGUCAUGUUGUGAACGCCUGCAUCUGUCUCUGUCCGUCCAGGGAACGGGGCAGCCAUGUGUGCCCUAUGUGUAUGUGGUCACCCUUCAGGCUUGAGGCUAGGAGGGUUGUGAGCUUUGACUGCAACGAAGGCCUGCAGCUGCUGUGGGUGCCCUGGGGCACCUCUGGCGUCAGGCUCUGUAGCUCGUAGCUACCCCCUUCCUACCACAGCUCCAAGUCAUGACGGAUGCCAAGUAUGUCCUCUGCCGAUGGGAGAAGCGAUUGUGGCCUGCGAAGGUUUUGGCCAGAACUGAGACUUCAGUGAAAAAUAAGAGAAAAAAAGAAUUAUUUCUAGAUGUUCAAAUACUCUCACUAAAAGAAAAGAUCCAGGUGAAGAGCUCGGCCGUGGAGGCACUGCAGAAAUCGCACAUUGAGAAUAUUGCCGCCUUUCUGGCGUCUCAGAAUGAGGUCACAGCUACUCCCCUGGAGGAGCUGACCUAUCGACGCUCCCUGCGAGUGGCCCUGGAUGUCUUGAAUGAGAAGACAAGUUUGGGUCCUGAAAGCCAUCUGAGGGAAGAGAAGCGACACGCAGAUGCCGCCUCUUGGGUGCCCAGCGCUCGCUCUCCAUCCUUUUGCAGCGAGGACGGUGACAGUGUGGCUGCCCAGUGCACACCCAAGAGGGAGUGGCUCCCACAAAGCCCGCCGGGGCUGCCUGCAGCUGAAGAGGACCACAGGACAGACCUCACAAAAAACGGAGCCCUGAGAGCAGUAUUGCCUUCCCCCGCUGGAGAUGGGUCUCAAGACGGUUCUGGAUCACGGCUGGACUGUGAACAGGACACUGCCAAGAUGAGGCGGAGGAAUUUGGGAGAGAAACCUACCCGGCGCGGCAGAACAGCAUCUUGCCUUUCCAAGGGAGAAAGUGUUGAAGAGAGCGAGGGACAGGCAAACGGCUGUGUGACCCCAGCUUCACCCGGGCUGCUCCCCCAAGCCUCAGAAGAGGACCCUUGUGCCGGGGUCAAAGGCUGUGACCUGGUUGUGCCAUCAGGCAGCAGCAGGCUGCUCCCAGCCUCUGACAGAGGCAGAGGACGCGCCACAAAGAGGCUACGCUUGGAUGGAAGCCAGAACCCACCUCCCGGGCAACUGGCGACUGGAACUGUGGGGGCAGCACCCUCCCCUCAGAACUGGCCUGGGGAGACCAUGGUGCUGCUCAGGUCUAGUGACAGGGACAAGCCAGAGGAAGCAGAUCCUGUGUCCUCAGAAGAGUUCACAGGGUUCAAGUCCAUCCACUCCCUGCUGGAGGAGGAGGAGGAGGAGGAGGAGGAGCCACCCCGGAUCCUUCUGUACCACGAACCACGAUCAUUUGAAGUAGGGAUGCUGGUCUGGCUGAAAUACCAAAAAUACCCAUUCUGGCCAGCCGUGGUCAAGAGUGUCCGGCGGAGAGACAAGAAAGCCAGUGUGCUGUUCAUUGAGGGCAACAUGAACCCUAAGGGCCGAGGAAUCACCGUCUCACUUCGAAGGCUCAAGCACUUUGAUUGUAAGGAAAAGCACGCACUGCUGGACAGAGCCAAGGAGGACUUCGCCCAGGCCAUUGGCUGGUGUGUGUCACUUAUCACCGACUACCGUGUGCGGCUGGGCUGCGGCUCCUUCGCUGGAUCUUUCUUGGAAUAUUAUGCUGCUGAUAUAAGCUACCCUGUGCGUAAGUCCAUCCAGCAGGAUGUCCUGGGGACCAGGUUCCCUCAGCUGGGCAAUGGGAACCCUGAGGAGCCUGCGGGGGACAGCCAGCCAGGACAGUGGCGACCGUGCAGGAAGGUGCUGCCUGACCGCUCCAGGGCCGCGCGGGACAGAGCAAACCAGAAGCUGGUGGAAUACAUUGUAAAAGCCAAGGGUGCAGAGAGCCACCUGCGGGCCAUCCUGCACAGCCGCAAGCCCUCACGCUGGCUGAAGACAUUCCUGAGCUCUGGCCAGUAUGUGACAUGCGUGGAGACAUACCUGGAGGAUGAGGCGCAGCUGGAUGAGGUGGUGGAGUACCUGCAGGGCAUCUGCCGAGACACGGAUGGGGAGGUGCCUGCGCAUGGCAGCGGGGACCGCAUUCGUUUCAUCCUGGACGUGCUGUUGCCUGAGGCGAUAAUCUGCGCCAUCUCCGCAGUGGAGUGUGUGGACUACAAGACGGCCGAGCAGAAGUACAUCCGGGGCCCUACUCUCAGCUACCGGGAAAAGGAAAUCUUUGACAAUGAACUCCUGGAGGAGAGGAACCGUCGCCGUCGCUGAUGUGGUAACCUCCACCAGGCCUGCGAGCCCUCCACACCCUGCCAGAGGGCUCUGCAAGAAUAAGAAUGUACUAGAAGCAAGAGGCCCAGAAGUGUGCUGACUUUGAACUGUGGGUCUUGCAUCUUCAGUACUGAGUCUGGGAUAUCAAAUGUCAUUGACACACCAGAAACCUCCUGGCAGCUACAGACAGAACUUUCUGGACGUUUCUGUGCGUGUAUGCGCGUGUGUUUGUUUUUGUUUGAUUUUAAUAUUAUUUCGUUUAUAAAUGAGUUUGAACUCA